CGACAACAAAAAGCCAUCAGACACGGAAGUGAACGUUCGCUGCUCGCGGAGGAGAAACUCGGUGUGAUUCGGAACAAGUCCCGUCCAGAGACUCGGUGUGACUCGGUUCGGUUCGAACGGACUCGCUGUGAGGAUGAUACUGCCGCUCGGCCUGCUGCUCGGCUCCGGCCUGGUUCUGGCUCUGGCUCUGGAAGCCGGACCGACUCCGUACGUCGUCCCGCUUCUGCAUCUGGAGCCGCGGAACAACGAGUCCAGCCACGUCCUUUGCCGGCUGCCUGUGAAGGUGGGUUCCUGCCGAGCCUCCUUUCCCAGGUUCUUCUACGACGUCACCAAUCAGACCUGCAGCAGCUUCGUCUACGGCGGCUGUGAGUCCAACGGAAACAACUUCAACACCCUGGAGGAGUGUGAGUCCACCUGCUCAGGUGUCUCAGAAAUGUCUGCUGAGGAAUACGCAGAGCACUGCGAGGCGGAGCUUCAGGUGGGUCCCUGCAGGGCGGCGUUCAGACGCUGGUACUACAACAGGGAGGCAGGUAGCUGUCAGCAGUUCACCUACGGAGGCUGCAAGGGAAACAAGAACAACUACGUCAGCGAGGAGCACUGCGUGGCUACCUGCUCAGUCACUGUCCUGCCGUCCUCUAAGAAAGUCUCAGAUGCUGCUGCUGCCGAUGAAGCGUUGGCUGCAUUGAGAGAUCACUGCCUGGUGGGCCCAGACCCUGGACCCUGCCGAGCCGCCUUCCCCAUGUUCUACUACAACCCGGACUCCGCCUCCUGUCAGUCAUUCAUGUAUGGUGGUUGCCAGGGCAACGAGAACCGGUACGGCUCGGUGGAGGAAUGUAUGAGCCGCUGCAGCGAAGACGGUCGCUUUGACGGUCGAGGAAAAACCAGGAACCGCUGGACUGCGGCUUUCUUCCUCUUCGUCACGCUGGCCAUCAUCUCCGCUCUGCUGCUGGCGACGCUCGUCUUCAUCACACUGAGACGCCACCGUCUUUCCCGCCGCCCGUCCUCCGUCAGCGAUAAGGAGGAGCUGCUUCCAGACUCAGACGAGCUGUCCUCUCUGGACUCUCUGUCGGUUCCUGAGAGCCCCACACCUCAGCAGAAGGCCUGAGGAGCCUCCGGGGUUCAUGUUUUAUGAAGAGGAUCUGUGGUCAAUGAGCGAGUAAAACAUGUCAGCUUCCCUUCACACAGCAGCAGAGAUCAAUGUCUUUAUUGAUCAUCACUUCAUUCAUCUGUGCUUUUAUUUGCAUUAAACACGCAGAACACUGAGAGCUCGAUGUUUUCACACUUUUCUGAUUCACUGCAGAAACUGCUAGCUUAGCUUAGCAUAAACACUGCAAACAGUUUGGGAGCUAAAUUCACCUACCAGCCCAUAUCCACUGCUCCGGAGCCCCAGACCCCCAUGUUCACCUGUGCAGUUAUGGACAGGUGAGCACCACACCUGUCCAUACCUGCACAGGUGAGCACCACACCUGUCCGUACCUGCACAGGUGAGCACCACACCUGUCCGUACCUGCACAGGUGAGCUACUUGUCACUGGUCAUUACUGUUACACUAGCGAUGGAUUAAACAAUGUUAAAAAGCUACCUGAAGCCACAGAUGAAGUCAGAUCUGCAGUUGUUCUCUGCUGAAGGUUUUUUGUUUCUUUUGCUUUGUGCAUCAAAUCAGUCAAAUGAAGGCGUCACGUUGAUCGUUCAUUGUAUGACUUUUAUAUUUAUGGGUGAAAUUAGAAUUGUGAUCAGAGGUGUGUUUUAAUUAAAUCAGUGAAACUUUAAAUCUGUAGUUUUCUGUGACAUGUGCAGCUUCUCAGCCCAGUUUGAAGAAGAAACAUGAAUUAAGAUUUUGGUUUAGAUACAAGAACAAACUGAAUAAAUUACGAUGAGCAUUUGAAAUAAAUCCUGAAAAAACUUUCUAAGAAAUUAUGAAAUUUAGGCCAAAACUUGAGAUGAACUGCGAACACUACAGUUCCCACGAUGCCCCUGGUGUGACUCAUCGUCACCACCUACAGGCUGAACUGAUGACACUGCACUGACCACAGAAUCAGAGUUUUAUUGACUAUUGAAGGACUAUUCAAGGCUGAUCAUUUACUGUUUGACUAUUUAUCAGUCUCAAACUUUAGAACUGUGUCUGUGCCUGAAAAUAAAGUUGUUUUCCUUUAAAA